ACACACGCACGCACACACAAACGCCGGUUUUGUGAACUCACUUGACGAAAAGAAAGCGAGAAGAAAAAAGUUGCCAAAUCAAAAUGGUCACCGAGCCGAAGUCCGUUGAGCCCAAGGUCAGCACCAAGGAGGCGAAGUGCCAGUCAUCAGACUGCGAGACUUCCCAGCAGGAGCCGGUCUCGCAAGUAAGCAGCACGAAGGGCGCCCGUGUGGGGAUCUUCAAUGCCGAGCACUUCUUGUCGCGUGCUCAGAUGAACGAGAAAAUCAACAUCUUGCGCUCGCCCACCAAGCCGCCCAACGGGGUGCGCCAGCGCUCCGUCUACACCAACAACCCAUCGCCGCGUGACAACCCUGGGCGGCCAGUGUGUAUACUCUUUUGGACUACAAUAUUGUUUGUCUUGCUGUUGACAGCGGUAAAUUAGGCAAAUGGAAGGAAAAGUACAUUGAUAUUUAAUUAGUAAAAUGUCUUGAGCCUUGUCGUUACCUGCAAACAAAUCCAAAUGCACAGGGAUAUCGUAUCGACUGUCAUGCAGACUACAGUUUCCAACAAACUUAACCUGGAGCUGGAGGUGGAGGUAGGCACGCGGCGCGGAUGCUACAGCGCUGGCUGUGGCUGUUGAUAAAGAUUAUUGGAUACUGUCUUGGCGGAACUAUCUGCCACGUCUGUCUCUGUCAUAAGAAGAAAGUUGUUACAUGGUUAGAGAUACACAAAGAGAGAGAAAGAGAGAUGCAUACGGAAAGUGUGUGAAAGCGUGGAGCAGUGAGAGCGGGUGCAGAAGCCACAGCGUGGAUACAGAAGCAGCGGUAAGUACAAAUAGCCCAACCAGGAAAGGAUCAAAAUAUUGAUGUCUGGAAUGGCUUUAUUCAAGUGUGAGAGCCUAACUGGGACUCGUGCGAGCAAAGGACCGACCCCACAUAUGUAUCUGUGGCUUAUUCAAUGCUCACACUUGUGUGACUGCGCCCCUGAGAGUCCUUGUCUGCAUCCAUUUGCCGCUCGCACCCGUGUGCCCAACAUCAAAAGCUUUU